CUCUCUCCCAGAUAGAUCUGCCUGGACUUCUAGAAGUUGCAGUGGAGGUGGUGAAGGGGGAGACGAUGGCACUACAAGUCUACAUUUCCCAUACCGGCGGCGUGCUCACCUUCAAUGACCCUGUUGCCCGUGUCGACAAUCUGCGGUCAUGGAUCGAAGCCAAUACGGCCAUUCCAGCCUCUCGCCAGAUCUUGAUGACGGCUCGCGGCAAGAUUGUCAAGAAUCUCAGUAACGAGCAAGAGGUCUUUGUCUAUGACAAACAGUUCCUGUCCCCCGACUCCAAGCCUCCCUCCCGAGACGAUGUCCAACUCAAACCCCUCUCCGAACCCCCUUCAUAUCUCACCGACGAGACCAGCCUCAAAGCAUGGCACGAGCUGUUCAACUCUAGACGGACCUGGGCGCUUGAGGCAUUCGAUGUUGCCAGAACAGGGGUGGAGAACAUUGAAAUUUGUGCAGAGGAGGCAUCUGUCAUUGCUAGGUCCAUGAAGGUCGCCCUGGACAACCUGCGGAACCACGUUACGACACUGCAGCAGAGGUUCGACGAGACAAAUCAAUGGGCUCAGGGCUACAUACAAGAACAUCGAGAGGUCCUCAAGGACUGGCAGGCGAGUGUAGAUACCCUUGCAGAGCUGCCCGUUCGCGAAGACGUCGUCAGGGUCUUGCGGCGCCCGGCGGAGCCUGAUGGCAAGGACCCUGCAGCACCUGUCGGCACGCUUUUCGAUUUGGUCGACCGAGAUGGCCUGCAGACUGCUGCUGAGAGGGUCGAACAAAGCUCAGCCGACUUUGAAAGGAGGCUGCGUGAACUGCAGUCGGGCAUGGAGACCUUGAAGCAGGAUACGAAUCAGGCCCAGGCUCGCUCGACGCAAGUACCAGACUUCGACACCAAUGCCCUGAUGGACGAGGCUGAGACACUGGCGAAGCGGAUCACCUCGGACUAUGAAGAUGUCGUACAGAUGCAAGACAACCAAAAAUCCGUGGUUGCAGCGUCAAGGAAGGCUGCGGUGCACACUCGUGAAUUGUUGCCUGCCAUGCAUGGUGUCGUGGAAGAAAUUAUCCAGGCUUCCUUGAGUUCGUCCGAAACUCGAAAUACUGCGUCUAAUGACUGGUAUUCGACCCUGCAAAUCAUUUCUGGUAUCCAGUCUCGCCUAGCGGAACUACAGUCAGGUAUCACGAACCUGGACUUUCACGACAACGACAACUUCGCCGCCCUCAAUCGAGUUUUCCAGCUACCCCUUGUCUAUGGUGCUACACUGGUGGAAGCAACCCGAAGAUCCGAGUGGACUGAGCGGAUGCGGGCAGAGGUUGACGUUCUCCAUGAGGAUCUUUCCCUGCAGACCGAGGAGGAGCAAAGAAGACGAAAGAAAUGGACGGCUUCGCACGGCGAGUUCCUGAACGAGGAUAUGAACGCCAAAGAUGCACUCAUCGACCUAAAAGCAACCGCGCCGCGAAAUUCCUGGCCAUUUGUAAGCAGAGACGAAAUCUUCGCCUGGGUUGACGACCUGAGGGCACUCGGUAUCAAUGACGCAGUGCAGUCAGUCAUGCAGCGAAUGAAAGAUUUAGAUGCCCCGACCCGGAAGCAGAAAACGAAACCUUUCAAGAACGGGAGUAUUCACGAUCUUAGCCAGAGUGCUGCUCUCCGUAGCGGAGACGAAGUCCGAGGUCUACAAGACGAGAAAGCCAGACUUGAGGAGAAGCUUCGCGCAUCGGAUAGUCGAGUGCGCAAGCUGGAAGAUCUCCUCCACCGUCAAAGCCAGCUCAGUCGGCCUCCUAGUGGGAUCUUCCAGCCCGGCAGCGCUGCGGACUUUGAACGACAGCAGACACCUUCACCAAGUGUGCUACAAAGACACAGCGACCUGUCGCGCAGGUCAUCAGUCUCGCUCAGAAGACUGUCCAACAAUCAGGAUGAGAAGUCCUUGGUGCAGAAGAUUGUCGCAUUAGAAGGUCAGAUUCAAAAGUUGCAAGAGGAGGCUCACGCAGAACGGCGGUCAAGUACUGAGAGUAGAGACAAGAUGCAGGAAGCGGAAUUGGUCAAGCGAGAUCUGAUGGCCAAUUUCGAAGCGCAGAAGCAAGAAUUCGAGGAGGAGCGACAAUUGCUGGACGACGAAGUACAUCGCCUAAAGGUCAAACUGGAAGAGGCCGAAGAGGAGCUUGAUCGUCUCAACGACUCGAGGGACCAUUUACGCUCCGAACAAGAUCAAACGACACUCAAUUUGCGGAAUGAAUUGGAACAACUCAAGAAGACCUCAGCGGAAGAUCUCGCGCUAUCGGACCGCAGGGCCGAGUCAGCACGAAAGGAAGCAGCCGCGCACCGCGAACGAGCAGCAACGCUCGAUCGUCAACUCCAUCAACUGAAGGAAGAACGAGCAGCUGCACAAUCUCAAAAUAUGACCCUUGCGAACCAACUGCGCUCAAUGGAGGAUCAACAGCAAGAAUACAUCUCCAUCCUGCAAGGGGCGCACUCAAAUCUAUCACCGGCAGGUUCUCCUCCAGAUGAUCUUCGCCGCCUCGUCAACGCGCUAGAGAUUCUCUCUGAAGGUGCCGCUAUCCAUGCCCGAGGUCUUGACGAUUCUCUCCAGCUUGCUACCGCAGAGAAUAAAUCGCUUGAGGAGAAAUUGGCGAAUGCGGAAAGUGAGAUCAAAACUCUAACAGAGAAACUUUCCACGAUGGAAACGCGGGCGAAUGAAUUGAGGGAAGACAUCGAACAGGAACGCAGCAAGAUCUCCGUCCUCAAGUCUGAACUUGCGGGUGAACGGGCAGAGAUGCAUUCCUUGCGUGAGAAAUUCGCGGCUGGAGAGACCGGCUCCGAUGCCCUCCGUCAACAGCUCAAGUCUGAGGAAACCAAGGUUGCGGAAUUAAUGGACCGCAAAGCCGAAGACGAGGGUGUCAUUCAACGCCUGAGGCACGAAAUCGAAGAUCUCAAUCGGGAGGCUGUCAAUGCGGCGGACAAACAAGAGAAAUUGCGCAAGCACUUUGACAAGAGAGGCGAAAGGGCAAAACAGCUUUCGGAGAAGUUAUUUCAUCAUCACGAUCGAAUCAUUCGCAUGCUCGAACAGUUUGGCUACUAUGUCUCGCGGCAGGACGACACGCUGGUAAUUCAACGCGCAAGUAAAGUCAACGCGAGCGCCGUGCUCAGCGGCAACGAAGGGUCUGGACCAGGCACUUCCAUGAAGCGGACCAUCUCCGGAUCCACGCCCGCGCAACACUACUCCGACCCCUCAGACCUCGACACCCUGUAUUGGACGUCCGACAACGAUCUCACCUCCGAGUCGACGAAGUACUCCGGCUUCCUCUCCGCCCUGUCGAGGCUCGACAUGGACAGCACGAUCGACCUGAUCACGAAGCGCUACAAGGACGUGGAAACGCUGGCGAAGAAAUACCAAAAAGACUCGCGCGCGUACAGAGAACGGACCCACCGCUCGCAAGCCGAAGCGCACGAUAAGAUCGCAUACAGGAGCUUCAAGGAAGGGGAUCUGGCCUUGUUCCUGCCCACGAGGAAUCAAGCGACCAGACCCUGGGCGGCGUUCAAUGUCGGCGCACCGCACUACUUUUUGAGAGAGCAGGAUGCACAUAAACUACAGUCGAGAGACUGGUUGCUCGCCCGAAUUACCAAGGUCGAGGAGAGAGUGGUAGACCUGAGUAGGAGCAUGCGUGGCAACACCUCGUCUUCGACUGUGGGCGCGGCAAGUAUGGUCAUGGAUGAUGGCGGGUCGACACGGAGCGUUGACGACGAGAAUCCCUUCGAGUUAUCGGACGGGUUGAGAUGGUAUAUGAUUGAUGCGCAGGAGGAGAAAUUGGGCGCGCCUGGCACACCCUCAGUCGGAAAGUCAACCGUGACAGCGAGCAAUGUCGAGGUCAAGGGACACAUGGGAUUGGGCCGGAAGGAGCAUAAGUCAAGCAUGGGUAUGGGCGCUGGUGGCAGCAGUGCCACGACGACCAUGGUCACCAAGACCCUCACCAAAAGCCUGGACAGUCGGCGGUCGAGCUCGGGGAGCAAAAAGAGCGUGGACCUCAAGGGCAAGCUUCUCGACCGCAGCAGCGUUAAGGACGGGAUGCCUUCGUCGAAGCUUGCACCGCUGGCGCCUAUCUCGAGCGACACGGACGUUGAGCAAAGACGUGCACCUCCACACGACGCGAGCGGCAGAAUUGUGGCCAUCCCGGACGACGACGCCCACGCGGAUGCAGACGCGGAAAAUGAAAACGACGAGGCUGAAGCGCAGGAUCUUGCGGGUUCGACUACGGCCCAAGCGGCGGGUCGGGGCCAGGGACAAGCUGGGACAGCCAGCGUCCCCAGCAUCGUGCGCCGUCCCACCGAGGCGAGCCAGACGGACCGGGAGGAUGCGCAGGUCUUUGAAGUGAGUGGUGACCCUGCUACGUCUGAGCUUGCGGGCUCGGCCGCGACGGGAAGAAAUCCUCAAACGUCUUCACGUGGCUACGCUGCCUUGAGAGCGACGCAGACUGAAUCGCCUCUGACGGCGCAACGGCUGAAUAGGAGACCAGCCCCGGCUUCGAGAAGCACAUCACAAUCACCCUAUAAACCAAAGAACCAGAGCGUAACGACGCCGGCGGCAAGUCCAGCGAAGAAUCCCGCCGGUGGCGCGGGAGCGGAGGCUGUGUCGACUCCGUCACCGUCAAUGAGGCCGAGGGAGAGACCUUGGGACAAGUUGUUCAGCAUGGAGUUCCGGUCAUAGUCAUACGGCACGUCUACGGCGAUGUCUGUGGUAGAUUUCCCCGUGCGGGAACUUUAAAGCUGUGGCGACGGGCUGGUGCAGGUUGCUGGCAUUUGGGAAUGAUUUCCAUGUCCCUACAGCAGCGCCGCCCUUUUGAAUCGUAAAAAUGGAGAAAUUGAUACCCCCCAAAGUCGAUCAAAAGUUGUAUUUGACGCGUAUGUGGGAGGGUUGCUCGUGUUGCUCGUGUAUUCGAGGGUUGGUUGAAUAUGUAGAGCCUCUUC